ACAGGUAGGAUUAAAAAUACAAUAACACAUUAAAAGUGCACAACUAAACAACACAAAUAUCUUAGAAUAAACUUCUACACGAGUAUGUUGAAAAUCAAGUAAGUUUACUCAAAGCAAAGAUGAAAUCUUGUGAGCUAUUUGUGUGUAAUAUUUGUAAUGUUGCAGAUGUAAAAGGGAGAUCAUAAAGAAGUGAAUAUUAUUAUUGUUAAUUUUUGUUUUUUUUCAGUUGUAUCCUGCACCUCCAAGCCAUGUGCCUGGAACAAAGGCUCCAAAAAGAAGGACCCAGGUGAGAUGAAAGAAAAGGAGUACCCUUCACUUAUCUAUAAUACAAGACGGCGAGCAACAUUCGACCCACAGCCAACUUUCUUUAAGAAGAGACUUCAAGAAACACCCUCAAAACUAAUUGAUGACUUCCUUUCUGAACUUAGUGCAAAUGAAAAUGGUACAUUAUGGUCAACGUCACUGAAAAUUCCUUAUGGUGACUUCGACCUUUCCCAGGAAUAUUUGAGUGUCUACCCCGUGUUGCACCAGCAAUUUCUCGACAGUUUGAGAGGACUUAUCCCUUUAGUCACAGUUACACCGUACAAUGAGUUUCUUGGUACAAUAAGGCAACAUGAGAGUGAGGAGUGGCACACUCUUCGUCACUUAUUCAUAACAGCCUCAGUUUCAAAGGUUGCUUACAACUUGACACCCAGGGGUGCUAAAAAUUAUAUAGCAUCUCAUUUAUGGGGACUAAACAAAAUGGAUGAAGAUGAUACUCCUCUUGCAAUAGAAUAUGGUAGACAAAAUGAAAAUAUUGCUAGAAAAUUGUAUGAAGAAGAAAUGAAAAUUAGAGACCCGACAGCCUCAGUCCUUCAAAUGGGACUAACCCAAUCGAAGCAGUACCAUGAGCUGGCCUGCAGUCCUGAUGGAGUUCUUGAAUCAAAAGUGAACCCAAAGAGAGCUAUUGAGAUAAAGUGUCCAAUUAGACUUCAAAAAGUGCAUCCAAAGUUGUUUGACCAAUAUCUCAAAGGCAAAAAGCUAGAUGAUUUUUACUUAUAUAGAGACGCUUUUGGUAAAAUUAGAUUAAAAAAUGACCAUAGUUAUUAUUACCAAAUCCAAAUGGUUCUUGGAAUACUCCAUCUUGAACAGUGUGAUCUGAUAGUUUGGUCACCAAAAGGAAUUAUUACUAUUCCUAUAAAUUUUGAUAAAUUAUUUUGGAGUGAUUUAGCGGAAGGUCUGGUUAGUAAUCAUCACAGUCUAUUGAUUCCAGAAUAUUUUUUGAUGAGGACCCCUCGGAACUUAGAUGUCUUGAUUUUGGACAUUGUCUAGAAAAACAUCUUUACAGUAUUACUUACAGAGGUGAGCAAAUUAAUUAGAGAUGUAUUUUCCUGUCCAUCAAUCGUGAGAGCUAAACUAUUUUCUUUGUUUCCAUUAUCAUACAGCUUCCUCCUCACUUUAAACAUGGCUGA